UUCCGAGCUCAGAUAAAGAGACGCGAGCGCAUCUCUGUCUCAGACACCUGAUGAGCAUCCUCCAAACUCGUUAAACCAGGGGACAGAACUUUGCUAGAAGUAACUCUUUUUAGCUAUUAAACAAGCACCAUAAACAAGAAGUCUUCCAAAUCUUGGAAAACACCAACAGGGAACAGCAUUAUACUUCAUUAUUAGGCUACUGGACUUUAAGAGAUGGCAUGGUCUUUUCGACGCAGGUGUUUGCUUUUGCUGUGUUUGACAGCUAUCCAGAGUGGUCAUGGUGCCGUUCAGACGUGCAUGGAUAAGCACCAGGUGGUUGGGGUGCUUCGUCAAAUGGAGAAGUUUCUGAAAGGCCAGGAGAUACGCUUUACAGAGGGCCUCCGGAUCAUGAAGUCAAAGCUGGCAACACUUCAGAACUCUGUCUCCAAGUUACCUCAAGCUGACCAAUCAGCUGCUCCCACCACCUGCCCCUCUCUGGAAGCCCCUGCUCAUGGAACCAAGUUUGGCUCAAAGUAUUUUGAUGGACAUGAGGUCCAUUUCACUUGUUCCCAUGGCUACCAUCUUGUCGGUUCUGCCACACGUGUCUGCCAGGACAAUGGCACCUGGACUGGCAUCAGUGCCAUCUGUAAAGAUAUAAGUGAGUGUGCAAGUAAUCCCUGCCAAAAUGGCGGUACCUGUGUGGAAGGUGUUAAGCAGUACAAAUGCACCUGCCCCCAGAACUGGAGCGGCUCUCACUGUCAGCACCAAACCCAGACAGCACCACCCGAGUGGAGCGUUAUGAACGAUCCCGCAUUCAGCCGGAGACCUCGCUGUGCCCAAGUGAAUCGAGCCCAACACUGCAGCUGUGAUGCAGGCUUCCACAUGAGUGGCACCUCUGACAACAGUAUCUGUCAAGAUGUAAAUGAGUGUGAGGUGUACCGUCUUGACCAAGGAGGGAAGUUGUGCGUCCACGAAUGUGUGAAUGUUCCGGGUUCGUACCACUGCUCUUGCCCCAGCGGCUACAAGUUGCUCCCAGACGGGCGGAGCUGUGAGGAUGUGGAUGAAUGUUUAAGCCAGCAGCACAACUGUAGCAGAGGGACAACUUGUAUCAACAUGGGGGGAGGCUUUCUGUGUGUCAACCCAGAGUGUCCCCAUUCUCAUGGUAACAUCAGUUACGUCAAGACAUCUCCCUUUCAGUGUGAGAGAAACCCCUGCCCCAUGGACAGCCGCUCCUGCCACUUGGCUCCUAAGACCGUGUCUUUCCACUACCUGUCUCUGACCUCCAACCUGCAGACUCCUGCAACACUUUUCCGUAUGGCGACCGCUACCGCCCCAGGGCGCACUGGGCCGGACGGCCUGCGCUUCGGCAUAGUGGGCGGAAACUCCCGGGGCUACUUUGUCAUGCAGCGUUCAGACAGGCAGACUGGUGAGCUGAUUCUGGUCCAGAAGCUGCGCGGGCCGCAGGAGAUCACCGUUGAUGUGGACAUGUCUGAGUACAGCGACCGCACCUUUCAGGCCAAACAUGUGGCCAGAGUUACCAUUCUGGUUUCACCCUACAACUACUGACAGCGAGCUGGCGAAGGAGGAACACUAGAGAGGAAGAACAUAGAAAAGUGUGUAAUGGGCAGUGAGUGAGGCCAGUAUUUGAUCAAUGGCCAAUUGACCAAAAGAGUGAGAGC